AUGAAAGACAAACUAUUCAACGAUCAAGUAUCCAUGGAUUUUCUCGAACUUUCUCGUAACAUCGAACAGCAUCGCUUUUAUUUAAGUUCAUGUGAGUCAGGUGCUGGCAUAGACACGCAUGAUUCAAAUAUAUCAUCAAGGCAUUCGUCCAUGUCAUCGACUUCGUCAUUAAAUGCUAGUUUACCAACGCCAGUAUCAUCUAUUCAUGCAAAUGUUUUUCUCAGUAUUCUCCAUCGUUUACAUCGUAUAACUAUUCGACGUGAAAAAAAUGGUCGAUAUCGUUCAUUGACGACAUCAUUGCACCUUUUCUUCAAAAAACAUCGAUCCUCAUCAUCGCCAAUUGAUAUCAGCCAAUCAACAAUAGGAUUUCGCAAAUCACUAUCUAGUCCACAAUUUCCAACAAUAAGAACAGAUAUUGAAAAUGUUAAUUUAUUAAAAAAAGUCAAUCGUAGUUGCCAACAGUUACAUCAUUCCGGUGCAAAUAAAACUAGAAAUCUAAGUAGUAAAAGCAAUGCUUUUCAAAUGCAGAGAUCAUUCAUUCAACAUAUUAGAAAUUCUGAUAAGACAGUCAGUGAAGAUAAUAAUACAAAUACCUUAAGUUCAGUUGAUCUAUCUAUAACACCACAAUUAUUUUCUCCUGUAUUAAUAACAGAAUCAAGUACAUCAGUUACACCCGUACAGCAAAUUACAAAUUUCGAUAUGAACCCUGAUGAGAAUAGUAGUGCGGAAAGUGAAAUUGAAAUUACCAAUAUUACAAAGGAAGGAUGCGAACGAGCUGAAUCAUCUCAAUUUGAACUCUUACAAACACUCGGCGCUGGUUCAUUUGGAAAAGUUUUCCUCGUACGUAAAAUUAUUGGUCCCGAUUCUGGAUCACUCUAUGCUAUGAAAGUAUUGACAAAAGCAAGUCUUAAAGUUCGUGAUCGUCAACGAACCAAAAUGGAACGAGACAUUCUUGCACAAAUUUCACAUCCGUUUAUCGUUAAACUUCAUUAUGCUUUUCAAACGGAAGGCAAAGUUUAUUUGGUCCUUGACUUUUUACGUGGUGGAGAUCUAUUCACGCGUUUAUCAAAAGAAGUUAUGUUUACUGAACGUGAUGUACAAUUCUAUCUAGCUGAAUUAGCUUUAGCACUUGAUCAUUUACAUUCACUUGGAAUUGUUUAUCGGGAUUUAAAACCCGAAAAUAUUCUUCUUGAUACAGAUGGCCAUAUUGCAUUAACGGACUUUGGCCUAUCAAAAGAAUCAGUGCCAACACAAGAUUCGAAAACAUUUUCAUUUUGUGGUACUGUUGAAUAUAUGUCACCAGAAGUUGUUUCACGUAAAGGACAUUCACAUGUGGCUGAUUGGUGGUCAUUUGGCGUGCUUGCGUUCGAAAUGAUAACUGGACAUUUACCAUUUCAUGGUCCAAAUCGUAAAGAAACUAUGAAUAUGAUAUUGAAGGCAAAGUUAGCUAUGCCAACAUAUCCAUCAUUAGAAGCACAAAGUUUAUUACGCAUGUUAUUUAAACGUAAUCCAGCCAAUCGAUUAGGUGCUGGACCAGAUGGUUUUCGUAAUAUACAAAGUCACUCAUUUUUUGAGUCCAUUGAUUGGGAUAAACUAUAUAAAAAACAAAUUGAACCACCAUUUAUACCACCGAUUCAUUCCGAUUUUGCACAUUAUUUUGAUAAAGAAUUUACUUGCAAAACACCGACAGAUUCACCUGGUAUUCCACCAAGUGCAGAUGCUCAUGACUCAUUCCAAGGUUUUAGUUACAUUGCACCAGAAUUAAUCAAUGCUCGUCAGAGUGAUGCAACAUAUUCAAGUCACGUCGAAAGACGUUUAAGAUCAAUAAUCGGUGUUAAACAAACACCGUUCUCCGAUGAAUAUGAAUUGAAAGAAGCCUUAGGACAUGGUAAAACAUCAACUUGUCAUCGUUGUAUACAUCGACAAACACGUGAAGAAUAUGCCGUUAAAGUUAUCAAAGAUCCAAGUAUCAAUGAUCCAUCUAAUGAAAUUGAAUUACUGUUUCGUUAUAAUCAAUUGACUCAUAUUAUUCGAAUUCGUGAUGCAUUCUAUAAUUCACCUACAGUUUAUAUUGUAACAGAAUUAAUGCGUGGUGGUGAACUUUUUGAUAAAAUUCGUCAAGAAAAAUCUUUGUCCGAACGUGAGAGUGCAAAAAUUAUGUUUGUUAUUAUCAAAACUAUUGAACAAUUACAUCGAAAUUCAAUUGUUCAUCGUGAUCUUCAACCUCGUAAUAUAAUGUAUGUUGAUACAAAUCGUCAACCAUCAUCAUUACGUAUAGUGGAUUUGGGUUUUGCUAAACAACAACGUGCAGAAAAUGGUCUUCUAAUGACACCAUGUUUUACAAAAGAAUAUGCAGCACCAGAAGUUUUGUCGCGAAAAAAAUACGAUGAAUCUUGCGAUAUAUGGAGUCUUGGAAUACUACUAUAUACUCUACUUGCUGGCAAUACACCAUUUGCAUUUGAUCGAAACGAUUCACAUGAAAUUAUUCUUGCACGAACGGCUAAUAAAGUGGCAUUCACUGGACCAACUUGGGAACGUGUGACAGAUAAUGCAAAAAUACUAGUAAAUGCAAUGCUUGAUGUAGAUCCAAAGAAAAGACCAACAGCAUUAGAACUAUGUAAACAUUCAUGGUUCGCAAAUAUGGAAAGUCUUCCGAAUAUGAAACUAAGUAAUAUUCAAGAUUAUAAUCUUGUUCGUCAUAACCUAGAUGCGACAUUCAAUGCUAUUAAUACAAAUGCGAGUAAAAAUUUAAAACUUGGUCCAAUCGGUGAUUCAAAUCUAUUUAAACGACGUAAUGAACGAAGUGCUCAUCAACAACAAACUGAAAAAGUGAAAUAA